CUCCCCGUGACCCAACGCCUGUGAGUGUGACCGUGCUGACCUACGCUGACCAAGUCACGUGUCCGUCGCCGCCCGGAGGUCACUGCCCUCCGCUCUCGCCAUCACCAAGGGCAUCCUCGCCGAAUUCGAGAAUCAGUGCCACCAGAUGGCCGACCUGCUCGCCAACCGCCGCAUCCCCGGAGAACAGCGCAGGAGCCUCAUCUUCUCUCUCAGCGAACUCAACCACACGCAGCCCAUCUCCGACUUGCAGGAGAAGCUGAGUCGCGUGCAGGCCGAGUUGCAGCGAGUGACGCAGCAAUACGAAGCCGAAGCCCGGGCCACCUACUCGGACCAUCCCUACCAGGACGACGACGGCGAGGCAGGCGAAGGUGACGAAGGUUCAGAGGCCAGCGCGGUGUCGUCGGACGCGGCUCUCAUCGGCGGGGGCGCGAGCACGACUAACCGGCCAAGGACGACCCCCACGAGCCGGCACGAGCUGGCCACGAAAGUACAGAGCCUGAAGGACGAGUUCACGGACCUGCUGACGGAGAUAAGGCGAAGGAAGAGCGUGACUGAGGGAGGGGGGGGCGUGGGCAUCGGCGUGCAGACUGAGUUUGAAGAAGACGAUGGAGAAAUUCGCCGCCCGCGCAAGAGAGCCCUAUCCACAACCUCCACUUGGUCGUCCUCAUCAGGCCGCGAAGUAUCAUCAUGCAUGGCCCGCCCCCUGACCACGCCCACUCAGAUGGGCCCGCCUCUCCUUGCCCCAACGACACCCACCAUGCCAAUCAAAGGAGGAGGUCGCUCUUAUUUGGUGACGGACAUCCCCUAAAGUACAGGAUAUGGUCGAGUUUGCCUUUGUUAAAUGCCCCCCCCCCUUUUUUCCAUUCUAUUCUGUAUAUAUAGGGAUACAUCCUUUGGUUAUUUUAUUGGGAGAUCCUUUUUGGAAAAUUAGUCUUCCACAGGGCCAACUUGAAGGUAGACUAAUAAGAUUCGUUUUGUUAAUUGUUUUAGGGUACUUUACUUAUUACUGAUAUAUGUAUAAUAUGGUAUACUUUGAAAAACGUAAUAUUACAUUGAAUAACUGUUUGGUUGUAUAUGAUGUUGACUGUUAACAGUUUUUUAAUUGGAGUGUGUUACAGUUAAUGAUAAUUUACAUGUAAAUUGUGUAUGUAAUCUAGGUGGAUUUAUUUCCAUUUUAAAGCCUUUAUAUGAAAUAAAGCUAUUUAAUCAUAACAAAGCACAGGGCAGAUGUUAUGUAUAGUAUAUGUAUAAUGAUUUACCAUUCCCUUUUCAAGUAUUUGUUGAGAUCUUUUUGUGAAAACAAGGAUGUUUGAAAAUAUGAAUACUAUAAAUGUAUAUUUUUUCAAGAUGUAUAUCCACCAAUAUUAUUUAACUUUUCAAAAAAACAAUUAGUCAAGUACAUGUUUAAUGUUUAUUCCAUAGCUGAAUAAAUUAAAGGAGGAAAUUUGACAUUAAGAAUUAUUAAUUAUAUUUGCAUGGGCAUAAAGAGUUCUGAGUCAUCAAAAGACAAGAGGAAAUAUAUUGUGGUUGAAAUAAGUCAGUGCACUGUGGUAUUUGUUAUUUUUAUCAUUAUUAUGAAUCAAUUAAUUAACUUAAAUAAUGAUGAGCAUACGUUUAGAAAUCAGUCCAAAUGAAACAAGUAUAAUCAUAAUUUGGUGCUAUUUUACCCAUCCAUUUCAAAAUACUGAAUCCCAUGGGCCUAUAUUGGGAUAUGAUGAAAAGCAUUAUCUUGUAGAUUCUUACAUGAAGAAAGCUGUUUCUCAAACAAAUAUAAGAUCAACAAAAACAAAAAAUAACACCUUGGUAAGAUCAUUACCUUGUAUUUAAAGCAGGAUUGUUACUUAUGUCACAUUUAGAAGCAGAUUCACUUUUCUGAUUAACUUAGAACGUAUUUACAUUGUUCAGGAUUUCAAAUCAAAUUUAGAAUAUAAAUGUAACAAAAUCUUACAAAAGUAUAAUAUCAUGUUUCUGCAUAAUCUACAAAGUAGAUGUAUAUAGUGUAUAAAUAUCACUAGGACGUAUUUCAUAGUUCGUAUAAUUUCUACUCACAAGAUAUAGAUUUUAUUUAUAUAGUAUUAAUAGAACUUUCACAUCUAUCAAAGACAAGAUAAUACAUUCUAUAUUAUGAGAGCCAAUAUAUUUAUCACUCAUUACAGAUUGUACUGUGAUCCUAUUAUUUUGAGUCGGUGUUACUCAAAGACUAUGACCUAGAUAUUAAGCUUCUGUAUGUAGAAGCGUUUCAUUUCUGUAGUGGCAUUGUUACAUAUUCUCAUAAUCCAUAUAUAUACAUAUAUAUAACAAGUUCUGGAUUACAGUGAUGAUUGCUCUGGAUACUAUAGGCCCUACAGACAGUGGUGCCAUUCAUAUUGUAAUGAGCCAGUGUUUCUGUGGUUAGUGUACACAACAUUACAUUGUUCUCUGUACUGUUCAACAAAACAAGGAGUUGGAUGAUUCAUCUUUUAUAUUUUUGUUUUAAUAAAAUACAUUUUAUUUCAUGAAUAUAGUAUGGAAUUAGGGCAGGUUUUGGAGUAUGUAAGAGUUUUUACUGUGUGUUUUAACAUGUAAUGAAUUUCAGUGCAUAAUGAUUAUCAAAGUGAUCUAAUGUUUCACCAAUAUAUUCAAAACAUUUUUUUCACUAAUGUCACAUAAUGUUAAGGCAAGGUUAUAAGGUCAUUUGCAGUACUGCAGUAAAUAAUAAUAAUAAUCUUAAUAGUAAUAACCAGAAAAACAAUAACAAUAAUAAUAAUAAAACCCAAGAAAAAUAAUUAAAAAACUUAUGGAUAUAUUAAUAUGUGCUCAUAAAAUACUAAAGGAGACAGGAUUGUUAUAGACAAGAAUUGCUGGACUGUUUAAUUAUUGGAUUUCAUUUAUUGUAAGUACACUAUCAAAGAGUUUCUUGAAACCCUGUAUUUUAAAGAAAUAAUUGUUGGAUUUUUGACAUGACCAACUUAAUAAAUUUAAGAUACAUAAUGACCCUACAAGUUACA